AUGGCAGCAUUGUCAGUGACAACGUACGACAAAUGUGAAACCUGGAAACGAUAUUCUAGGACCAGAACUCAUGCUCUCCAUGUUGGUAAUCGAACACUGUUUGUCAACGCUUAUUAUUUGGCCGAACUUAGUCAGUUUUAUGAAAAACUAUUUUUUGAUGAUUUUAAAGAGGCUAAAGAACAAACUGUAGAGUUGCCUGAUGAGGAUGUUGAUGAUGUAAUGGAAUUCCUAACAGUAGUCACAGAUACAAAGCGAAAAAAACGUAAAGCAGUUGACGAAUACAACUGCUCGCUGAUGAUUCGUUAUGCAGAUUUAUGGGCAGUACAGUCAUUGAGGGAACGAUGUGAAGAAUUUUUGGUGGAGGAGUAUCCAUUGAUAAAAGCCGAUUUUCACUGCGCAUUAACGAUUGCUUCGAUGGUUAUACAGCAUAACUUUUCGGCAAAAGCGGUUGAAAACGCUGUUAGUCGUCUGGCGUACUUCGGUACUGAAACUUUAAUUCAAGCAAACGUCUUUGACAUGAUUUCCAAUACCCGAGUCAUAGCUGCAUUGUUUGCAUCUGCUAGAGAAGUACCCUUCAGUGUCGAGUCAAACCAUUCAUGGCUGGAGACUGACCGAAGACAACGAGAAUGUGCAUACUUAAAAUGCUCUAGUCAAAAUGCCACUAGUCCAUGCGUUCACUGUGGUUUUGCAUUUUGUUCCGAACACAAAAAUACUUUACCCUGUCCACAUUCCCCCAAAUCGUUGUUUGCCACUCAUAUAACCAUUGGAACCAAUUCUUCAAAAUCUUCAAGAAAAGUUGAAGAGUAUGACAGCACAACAAAGCUGAAAGUUAUUACAUAUCGAGAAGGUUUCGCAAACUUGGAUUUACGCUUAUUGCUGCCGCCAAGCUAA